UUGGCUCAAGGGGGUGUCAGUUAGACUCCCUUAGAGUCCGCCUCGGGGAGCUUGGAGUAUCGAAUUAAUUUGUGGAUGUGGACAAUGAUAUUCGCAGACUGCUUUUUAAAGGAGAAAACACGGCAAAAAAACGAGUGAACGACUCAGGGUUAACAUAACACAAUUCGGAAGACAGCGACUUUAAAAUGAGAAGAGGAGAGUAAGAUUUAGAGCAGCGUUAGGAAGGAGAAGAUAAGGAGACAAGCGAACGGGCUGUAGGGGUAACACGGGGUGCGGGAGUAAAGACAAAUGACGUGACGGUGCACGCAAGGCAGGGGGGGACAGCAGUUGUGUUAAGAGAAACCGUUGGGUACUUGCAAGUUUAGGCAAUGCAUACCUUUCAAGCGUGGGUGUUGAAUGGGUUAACGUAAUAAGAGCUGCUUCUGCGUGCGGGAGGCCACCGCCAAGCAGGUGCGGGUGCCAUCCGUGAACAGCAAGUCAAAGGUCAGGCUGUUACUGAACUGCUGAAGCAGUUGCCCGCUUUACAGGUGUUGGACUCCAGAAUCAUAUUAUUGUUUUUCUUAUUUUACCUCCACAGUCGAGGUCAAGGUGAAAGUGGACUAGUAAACCUUUACUGAAGAGAGAAAAGUUUAAGUGGGGUACAUCUUGAUCUCCUUUCUGGUCUGUCUUUUGCAUUAUAGAACCUGUAAGGAGUAUCCAGCCAUUCACAUUUGCUCACAGACAUGUAGAUAAAUGAGACGGACAGGCAGAUAGAUGGACAGUAGCAGUUUAGAAUUUGAUGCGGCCUUUCUGGGUGGAGGAGCUGAUCUAGAAUUGGAUCCACAGGUGGUCAGUGAGGAGGCUGGGAGGCUGUACUCUGAGCUGCAGGCUUUAAUAGAAAUUCAUGGCCAGAACUCCGUGGAAGGCCUUUUACCAGUGCUUGUAUCUGUUUUGGAAAGUUUGGCGGUGUCUCGCAGUAAGCUGAAAGAUCUUGAAAAUGAGGGGGAGCGAGAAAAGGAGGAGCGAGACAACCUGCUGGAGCAGUUCGAGAGGGAGAGGGCAAGGCGAAGAGAGACGGAGGAGAGGUACCUUGAGUUGGAUGACGCCAUUGAACAAGAAAGAAGGACGUUGAUGGCCCGACUUUCUGCUGCAGAACUGCGGGCCAGGGACAUGGAGCGCAAGGCUCGAGAAUGUGCUGACCGAGGUGCUGCCAUUGAGGAACAGAAGACCACUCUGACCCGUGAAUUGAAUGUCCUUCGGCAUACACAUAACAAGUUGCUACGUAAUUAUCGAGAUCUUUUGGAUCAAAAGGCAGCAGCUACUGAGAAGAUUCCACCAUCACCAUCUCCUUACAGAGAACACAGUCAUACUUUGGAAUCUGAGGGAGAGAUGGAUCAUGGUUAUUCAGAAUCUAUCAGUACUCCUUUGCAGGUUGAUCCUCCUUCUGAUAUUUCCCAAAACAAGCCAGUAGAAUCCACAGUUACAAUGAGGGAGCAACAAGAGGAGAUUGGUGAGGAUGAGAAGCUGAAUACUCUUAUCCUGUCUCCUAUUGAUGACAUUAUUAGAUCUACACCUGAGCUUGCUUUUUCACAGGACAUGGUGGAUACAAGCACCCCUGACAGGUUCCAGGCUCAACAAGAUGAUCCUGAUCCCGAUCCCAGGAAUAUGGAAUCUGUUUUUGCAGAACUUUCUGGAGUUGGGCUUAACUUUGUUGAAGAUGUGGAUCUGGGAGCUAGCCUUCAAGGUGUGAAUAAACAGAUAGAGGAAAUUGUUUCUGAAAACAAGGACCUUAAACAGUAUCAGCUCCUUCUUGACUCUGCACGUCGCUCCCUGAUCAGCCGCGUGGAGGAGCUGAUCAAUGAGAGAUCAGAACUGACAUUGGAGGUAGAAUCUUUGCAGGAUACAAUUGUGCGGUUAGAGGGAAGGCUUCGGGAGAGUGAAGAGGAAUCCAAGGGGAUUCGUCAGGAGCUGGAAGAGGCAAGAAAGAAAGAUCCAGAGGCAGAUCUUCCCCCUCAGUUUCGGCGCAGGUUUACCCGUUCUGAAAUGUCCAGGGUAGUAAUGGAAAGGAACCAGUAUAAGAAGCAGCUCUUUGACCUGCAAGACGCACUUCGAAGGUCUCAAGAUUUAAGAGCUUCCAAAGAACAGAAGAAUAUGGAGGAAAGGCGCUCAACAAUAUGGAGCAGGUUUCAUCGUCUGUUUGGUUUGACAAAGGACCCAUUUGCACCCACCACAGGCCCAGCUCUUCAAAAGACAUUGUCUUCAAAAGAUAAUAAAUUAAAAGAAAUUAGUCAGCCACAGCCUGCAAGCAAAACCAGCAACAAUGAUGUAAACACCUCUGCUGUCUCUUUUCGGGAACAUAAGGGAGAGAUGUAUCGUGAGAUUCGCAAAUAUGUAUGGGACAACCUGGGUAGACACCAAAUCCAUGGAUGGAGUUUGCCUUCCACUUUAAAGGAGCAGGGAUUGUCUGACACUCAAGUUGACAUAAAUGUGCCAGCUCUUGUCCAGCUGAGACUGUUGGAUCAGAAAGAUCCAUCGACCAAGUUGUGGUGUGCUGUCGCAGUGUCAGCAGAGGUAUCUGGUUCUGACAAGUCAUCCAUUUGGGUUAUCUCGGGGACUCAUUCAUGCAGUGACGUGACUAUUCUUGAUCCACUUCGCUCCAAUCAUGUCUUGGAUCGGUUCAGUCUCCCUUUGGGUGCUAAAGCAACAUGCAUUGCCUGCUCCCCACCUGGCAAAUGUAGUAAUGCUUCUUCUGUGUCUUGUGCUGGCACUGUGUGGAUUGGCACCCAGGAAGGAAGUGUGUUCCUGCAUUCCGCACAGGGUGAGCGAAGACGCUGUUUACAGAUGGUGAAAAUGCAGGAGGGGCUACAUUCUCUUACGAACACAAAGGACCACAUGAUUGCUGGACUUGCAAAUGGUACUUUGGCCAUUUUUUCCCGUGACGCGGGUGGUGCUUGGGACCUCCAAUGUCAGCGUUUUGUGAGUGUGGGAUCAGCACCUGUGCAGCCAAUACGGUGCUCACUGGCAAUUCAAGAUAGUCUGUGGUGUGGCUACUGGAAUAACAUUCAUAUAAUCAAUAUGCAGAGUGGAGCAAUGGAGCGCUCCAUUUCUGUCUCUUCACGCCGUGAGCAGCAAGUACGCUUCCUUUGCCAUGUUGGCUCAGGUGUAUGGGUUUCCUGCAGGCUGGACUCUGUGCUGCGACUUUACGACUGUCAAACCAGUGGUCAGUUGCUUCAGGAAGUGGAUAUGAUGCCGCUGGUUACAGCCACACUUGGACCGUCCAUAUCGUCCCUGUCUCUGUUCCAGGUUUCAUGCCUGGCUGCCCUUUGUGGGCGUCUGUGGAUUGGGAUGGGAAGUGGUGCUAUUUUUUCAGUUCCACUCCUUCAGGAACGUGAAAAUUGCCAGGGACAGAAUAAGACAGCACCUUACAUCCCAUACUGCUCUGUUUCUACUGCCCAAGUUUGCUUCCACGGACACAGAGAUGCUGUGCGUUUCUUUGUUUCAGUAGCUGGGUGUAUUAACCCAUGCCUUGCUGGUAAUGCUAAGAUGACAUAUCUAGUGAUGAGUGGAGGAGAGGGCUAUAUCAACUUUCGUAUUGGUGAUGAUGGAGUAGACAAGGAUGAUGGAUCUGAAGAUGCCCUUCUGCGACGAGCAGAGAGGAGUCACAUGAUCAUAUGGCAAUACUCUACACCAUCCUGAAAGACUUGUGUGGUCUGAAUCUUAAAUAUCAGUCCUCAAGGCAGGGUUCUCUCAGACGGUCCAAACUUACCUCAGAUAGCUAUAGUUUAGCCCUUGACCUGAGAUUAACAAUGUGAUAUUGUCCUUCCUCGUGUUUUACUCAGGGAUUUGUCUUGCUCUAUGAUCCAUGGCAAGGUCGAAUUCUAAUUAAAAGUAUUCUGGUGCUGGAGUGAACUAAGAGUCAUGAGCCCGAACGUAUCAAAGCAGAGCCAAGCUUGACUUUGCAACAUUUAACUGACCAGUGGUUUUACCAAAAAGUCACUGUACUAUGCACUUUCUAAGAAAAUUAUAUAUUUUUUAAAUCUGAUGAAAUCCAGCAUCGUCUUUUUGGUCAGUGUGGGGAAGGGGGGUAGUAUCAGGCUUAUUCUGAUUUUACAUACUGUUCUUAAUAAAAAUAUGGCUGCGGUUGGA